AUGCCAGCAGAACGUCCGCUGGAAAGCACAAGCCCCUCCAUUGACAACCUGGCCGAAUGGGAGGUGGUUGAGCCUGAAGUUGUCGGCUCUGAGUACAACGCUGAGCUGGUAUCGGAGGCAAAUGAAUUUAUUCACAGAGCAGUUAACGAAGGGCCCUCGAAUCCAGAAAACCGCGAAAACAUCACGAAUGUCGAUAUUGAGUCGGAGAAAGAGCAUCCCAGCGGGAAAUUGAAGGAGGAGGAGCUAAAAACAGAGGAUGCUGAUCAAAACCUUUCAGAACAACCAGACCCGCCCUACACUGCUUUCUCUCAAAGACAGGUGUUGGUUAUAUUCAUAAUUGUGAUAUUUGUGGGAUUUCUGGGACCACUGUCGGGAAAUAUCUAUAUCCCUGCCUUGCCGAUCUUACAAAAUGUUUUCGGCCUCUCAGCAACUGCAAUAAAUGCAACCGUCUCUGUCUUUAUGGCAGUAUUUGCAGUCGGGCCACUCAUAUGGGCUAGCUUUGCAGACUUCGGAGGCCGUAAGAUCCUCUAUAUGAUUUCAUUGCUAAUGACAGUAGUUGUCAAUGUUCUCCUGGCCUCUGUUCCUGUCAACGUUGGAGCUCUGUUUACGCUUCGUGUGGUACAGGCGUUCGCGUCGAGCUCAGUCAUGGCCCUUGGAGCAGGGACCGUCAGCGACAUUAGGCCACCUAAGGUCAGAGGCAAAGCGAUUGCAUACUUCAUGCUGGGCCCUAACAUGGGCCCCAUUUUGGCACCUAUUAUCGCAGGGCUGAUUCUUAUGCAUGGUUCAUACUGGCGAUGGCUAUUCGGGUUUACUUGUAUUCUAUCUGGGUUUGGGUUGUUAAUGGUGGUUGUGUUGUUACCGGAAACACUGCGCUGUAUCGUGGGCAAUGGAGACAUUAAAUGGAGAGACUGUGAAGAAAAAGAUAAUAUCGGCCCUACAAGGACUAUCUCGGUUGCUGGUCUAUUGAUUUUUAGUGACAUAGGAGUGGUAAAGCCUGCGUCUGUGUCACCACAAUUUCAAAAGUUGUAUCCCCGCCCCCCUAAACCGAGCUUAGCAGUGUAUUGGAAGUUACUCAAGUUCUUGCCUGUUACAAUCUGCUCGAUAACCACUGCGAUACUGUUUGCCACGUAUUAUGCAUUCAGCGUAACAUUCUCACACUUUCUGCGGGAGGAUUAUGGUCUAACAAACUUACAGAUCGGAGCUUGCUACGUUUGCCCAGGGGUAGCACUACUCCUCGGGUCAAUCAUAGGUGGCCACCUCUCAGAUUACUUUCGAAAGUUGUGGGUUAAACGCCAUAAUGGCGAGAAAUUCCCCUCUGAGAAAAGGCUUGUCCUGCAAAUUUGGGGUUUGCUGCUUAACAUUUGCGGUUGCGUUGGAUACGGCUGGAGUGUGCAAUUCCACCAUCACCUGGUAGUAGUUUUGGUGUUUUCAUUCUUCACCGCAUUCGGGAUGACUUGGUGUUCCAAUACAAGUAUGACAUAUCUUACAGAGUGCGUGCCAAGAAGGGCAGCUGGUACAGUAGCCGUCGGUAGCUUCUUCAGGAAUCUUGCGGCGGGCAUCAGUUCUGUCAUAGUGAUGAAGUUGUGUGACAAAAUGGGUGUAGGGUGGUGCUUCACAGGAUUGGCAUUUUGUGACCUAGCAUCAAUGGCAGGUGUUUUGUACUUGAUCACAAAUGGACACAGGUGGAAGCCUGAAUUAUAG